UGCAUCCUGUUUAAUCCCAACUCGCCAUCACAAUAUCCAUUGCUGCUCUCUGCGGACUCUGGGAAUCUUUCUAAGAAACUUAAACAAAUCAGGUGAGGAGCCAAGAUGUCCAGUGAAAGGUUUGAUUGCCAUUAUUGCAAGGACUCCUUGCUGGGCAAGAAGUAUAUCCUGAAGGAUGACAUUCAGUACUGCACCAAGUGCUAUGAGAACCUGUUCUCUAACUGCUGUGAGCGUUGUUCCCUUCCAAUUGGAUGCAACUCCAAGGAUCUGUCCUAUAAGGACCACCACUGGCAUGAAGAAUGCUUCCAAUGUGCCAAAUGCAGCCGCUCACUGGUGGAAAAGCCCUUUGCCUCCAAGGACGACAAGCUGCUCUGUACAGACUGUUAUGCAAAUGAAUACUCCUCCAAGUGCAACACCUGCAAAAAAACCAUCAUGCCUGGUGCGCGCAAAAUGGAGUACAAGGGCAACAGCUGGCAUGAGACCUGCUUCAUGUGCCACCGCUGCCAGCAGCCAAUAGGAACCAAGUCGUUCAUCCCCAAGGACAACAGCUACUACUGCCUGGCGUGCUUUGAGAAGCAAUUCGCCUACCAGUGCGCCUCCUGCAAAAAGGCUAUAACCACCGGUGGGGUGACCUACCACGAUAAGCCCUGGCACCGCGAGUGUUUUCUGUGCAUUGGGUGCAAGAAGCAGCUGGCAGGGCAACGUUUCACUUCCCGAGAGAACUACCCUUACUGCCUGGACUGCUUCGGCAACCUCUAUGCCAAGAAGUGUGUUGGCUGUGCAAAGCCCAUCUCCAGUCUGUCAGGGGCGAAGUACAUCUCAUUCGAGGAGCGUCAGUGGCACAGCGAAUGCUUCAACUGCAUGAAGUGUGCCAUGUCCCUGACUGGCAGGGGUUUCCUUACCCAUCGCGAUGACAUCCUGUGCACUGACUGCGGGCGGGACAAGUGAACAGGCCCCGUUCCCUGUCGCAACUUGGAUCUCAUCACUUCUGAAAUGUACAGAGCAGAUUGUGUCAAAGCAGGGGUAGUUUUUUUUUUUUUUCUAGCUUCUCUCACCAUCUGCGGCUAUGAUCUUAGAGGCAGCUAUGAAACAGAAAUAGGCUUACAGUAUUUUUGUUAAAAAAUGUGCUUCGCAAUUAUCAGCAGCUAUUUAUAGAUGCAGCUAUAAUUAAGGAAGGGGAGAUAAGAUAGGGAAAUGCUGUAUGUUUUUGGAAUGUUACAACAGUAAAAAAAAAAAAUAAUAAUAAUAAAAGUGCGCUUACGGGUGAUGUUUCUUGACAGGAUCAGGGAAGGGAAGUUGAUCAUAUAUCAGUGUGUGUUUUGGGUAGAUCUUCAAAGAGAAACUGGUGCUUUUGAAUGUAUUUGAGGUAUCGUCUGUUUGCUUGUUUUUUAAAUUCUGUUUACUAGUCAGUUGUCUCUCUUAAUAAACCAGAGAGAGCUUAGAAGGGGCUCUUUAAAACAGGCCUUCCAUAAAUCAAUCCUGUGUAUGCUGAUUUUCCGUCAACAUUUUCAGUAGGGCUACUCUACCCUGAUGCUGGAGGGCAGCAGUGAAUCCACCUGGUUCAGCUAAUCAUUGUCAAACUAUCCCUAGUGGAGAGUGUUAGCAUUAUUAAGGGCCAUGAUACGUGUUGUAUUACAGCUUUUCAGAAUAGCAGUAGAUUACUCCCUGUGUAUUGAAACACAUUACUUUGUUUAGUACUUGGUUUAAAAACUAAUACCAGGCAAUAAAUGGUGGAUUAUCUUUGAAUGAGCUGCUGCAUUCAAGGUGGUUGAUCGAAAUCUAUCCAUUUGUGAAGUGAGUUAAAUAUGUGAUUUUUGCUAUAGAGCUCUUUAUAGUGAUUUUUGGGUGUUCAAUUAAUAUAACCCAACACAGACAAAAUGACUUGAAGGAACAACAAUGGUGUUCUAUAGCUAUGGCUAAAACAGACUAUUCUUGCAGUGAGACACACCAAAAAUUCUAACUUAAGAAGAGAAUGCAUCCUCAAACAUUAAUUGGGGGGUGGGGGUGGGGGUGGAGUACUUCCCCUUCACCCCCCAAUAGUCCAAUUUGCCCCACUUCCAUAUAAACUUUAAACAAGAGUUUUUU